AUGGCGCCCUCACUCGUUCCGCGUCAAGACGCAACAUCAACAACCACCGCUCCUUCCUCCCACACCUCCGCUUCAGACAGUGGGUCCACGUCGUCCAAGAUCCUCUACAUCGCCAUCGGCGUCUCCCUCGCAGGUGUGGCGCUGCUCGUCCUUCUGUGCACGCUCUGCAUCUGCUUCCGUCGACGACACCGUCGAAAGAACACCGCGCUUUCCAAGCCUCCGAUCCGCCCGGAGACGCACAGCUUGCAGACGCAGUCACAGACGCACCAGUCCAAGCCGGCCGUCCCCGCGCCGGCAAAGCCGAGUCACUACGGCGGCGCGAACGGGUAUGCUGCCAGCACGGAGCAGAGUCAGGGCCUGUUGGCGAACGCGGCGCCCGCGGGUUUGGCAGAGGUGUCGGAGCCGAACGCGUACACGGGCGAGGGAUAUGGAGGCGGGCAUGGGCAGGGACAAGGGCACGGCUUCCAGCAGCAACAGCAGCAUCCGCAGAGGCCACAGCAAGUCAGCUAUGGUCCUCCGCAACGGCCUGCCAGCACGGCCAGCGCGCCGUUGGGGGUGUCAGUGACGCCGCCGGUUUCGCAGCUGCAGAGGCCGCUCAAGGUGGGCGAGGCGGCGACCUACUUUGAUACGAGCGUGCAUAUUGGGACGCAAAGAGGGCGGGCAGGGGACAGAGGGGUGAGUGCUGAGCGGAGGGAGAGGAGUUUGAGUUGA